AUGCUUCUCUCCCUAAACCCCCUUCAGGCUCUGUUUCUCGCGGCCUUUUUGGGUUCGGUUUUCUUCCUGUUAUACACCCAACUCGCGCUCAACAAGACCCCCUUUCCUCUUCCUCCCGGACCGCCCGGCAAGUUUCUCAUAGGGAACUUCGGACAAGUUAGUAUUGAUCGGCCGGAGCAAGACUAUAUACGGUUGGGGAAAGAGUAUGAUUCGGAUGUGAUAUACACGAAUGUGCUCGGUCAGCAUGUGAUCUGUCUAAAUAGUAUUGAAGCUGCGAAAGAGCUUCUCGAAAAACGCGGACUGAACUACAGUGACCGCCCACGAUUCAGACUGUUUGAGUUAAUGGGAUGGGGUCUCACGUUGACCUUCCUGAGAUUCGGCCCCCAGUUCAAAAUCCAUCGGUCGCUCUUCCAGCAAACCUUUACGCAGUCCAACGUGAAGACGUUUCGGCCCAUUCAAGUCCACGAAGCCCGGAAGGCAGUGCGGUUUCUCCUGCAGGAUCCUGAUGACUGGUUACAGAUCACCCUCCUCAUGGCGACCAGCAUCAUCUUCCGCAUCGCCUUCGGCCAAGAGAUUGUCAACAAGGACUCCCCAUACGUCAAAAUGUCGCUCGAUGCCAACGAUGCCACGACCAGCGGCGGUGUGGCAGGUUCCUCGAUCGUCGACUUGUUCCCGCCGGCACGCUUCUUGCCCAACUGGCUGAACCCAUCGCCGUCACUCCGUCACGCAAGGGCCAGCCGGAACGCCAUCCAGACGGUACAGAACGUUCCGUGGGAGGCCAACAUGAAGGACAUCGAGGCGGGCACAGCGGCACCCUCCUUCAUGAAAACCCACUGGGAGAAGUUCAAACGAAACGAGAAGGCGGGGAUCCCGCAAGACAUAACCCCGGCCGACCUCAAGGGGGCCACGGGCGCCGUCUUCAUUGCGGGCGGCAACACCACGUGGGCCACCAUCCAGUGCUGCCUGAUGUUCCUAACGAAAUACCCACACGUGCAGCAGAAGUUGCUCGCCGAGCUCGACGCCCUCCUCCUCCUCGAGCCUUCGACCCCACGCCUCCCGACUUACGGAGAUCGCGGCAAGCUCCCCUACCUCGACAACUUCAUCCAGGAAGCCAUGCGCACCCUUCCCCUCAACCCCCUUAUCAUCCCCCACCGAAGCAUCGAAGACGACGUCUACGAAAACAUGUUUAUCCCUGCCGGCACGACGGUGUUUGCCAACGUGACGGCCAUGAAUAACGACACGAGGACGUACCGGGACCCGCAGCUCUUCGACCCAGACCGCUACGCCCCGCCUCGGGCCGAACCGUACCCCGUGGGUAACUUUGGGUUCGGCCGCCGCAAGUGCCCCGGGAAUCAUCUUGCGCUUGCGAGUGUGUAUGUGUUCUUGGCUACGUUCUUGGCAGCGUUCGAGCUGGAGCAGGUGAGGGGCGAAGAUGGGGAGUUGAGGAUUCCGGAGCCGAGUGUGAGUGUUGGGUUGGGAGGGGACCCACAUCCUUUCGAAUGCAAGCUGAAAGUCCGCUCGCCUUCGAUGGCGCGGCUACUUAUAAAGGAGAAGGAGGGGCGCUUUUAA